AUGGCACGGGUGGCAGCGGGCAGCCGGCCCGAGGUGACAGGAGCAGGCGACCCUGGAGGCCGGGGCCCUGGCGAGGGAAGCAGGCGGGAGGCUGGCGAGGCCGGGGUGAGGCAGGCGGGAGAGGGGCCGCUCGCCCCGGCCUGGAGCUCGGCUCUAUUGUGCAGCAGCUGCCCAGGCCCGCAGCCCCUCGCUCGCCCUCCGUCAGCGCGGGGCUUCGAGAAGCUGCCCUCCUUCCCGCCGGGGCUGGCCGGGGCCUGCGGGCGCUGCCUGUCCCGGGGCGGGACGACGCGGGCGGGCUCAGCGCCCCGUCUCCCCCAUGGGCUCCCGUCGCAGGCGGCGGCUUCACUCCCAGCCCGACUCCGCCGCCAUAUUCUUCUUCCUCCUCCUCCUCCUCCUCCUCCCGGUGCUGCGGCGGCUCAGUCCCGGCUCCUCAGCGCGCCCCACGACGUGGCUGCGCCCCAGUCGCUCAGCGGCCCGGCCGGCAGAGAGGCGCACUGCCCUGCGGAAGGGGCGAGUAGCGGCAACGCGGCCCGUCCAGCCCGGCUCCCACCGGCUCCGUCUCCGCCUCAGUCACUGCACGGCCGCCAUCUUGGUUUCACCUCUCACUGGAGGCGCGGGGUCUCCCAGCCAGCGGCGGCACGGGCCGCCCGCCAGCAUUUAAAGGGCCAGCAGCCCUGUAGCGGGCAGUGGGACCGCACCGCACCGCACCGCACCGCACCGCACCGCACCGCACCGCACCGCACCGCACCGCACCGCGAUCGCUCGCGGACUGUGUGGGCGGGACAGGCGUGAGGCUGUGGCCGGGCUGUUACCGCGGGCCCAGGGGCGGCUCUUCCCGCGCUCUGCGCGGCGCCUCGGAGCUCGGCAGCGGCUGGGGCCGGGAGGUGGCGGCGCGGCGGGGCCCGCAGGCGGCCCCGCGUAUGCGCGGGGGGAGCGGGAACCGGGCGGCCCCGGGUGCUGCCGCGGAGGGGUCCUCGGAGAGCUGCUCCCGCCCCGCCCUCGCUGGGUCGCACCGGGAACCUUGUUUCAGGGUGUCUUUGCCCUGUCGAGCACAACUGGACCGGUCCUCUCGCAAAGGAGGUUUGAAGGACUGCGUCCAGAAGAAAUGUCUUCAGGGAUGGUGAGAGGCCAUUCUUAAUGGAGUUAAAAGAUUAGGCUCCCUUAGUUCCUGUAAAUAAUGAAGGACAUUGCCCUGGCAGAGGUAGAAAAACUGCAAACCUAGCAAUCAUUGCAAGUAAUAAAGCAUAUAAAUAUGGAUGAGAACAUCAAGGAAUAUGCAUGGUUGGUAGUUUUAGGAACAGCUCAAGUUUUCUAAAUCUUAGCAUUAUUAUAGGCCUAUUAUAUCUAGAUUUUAAAAAAUUGAUAUAGAUAUAAAGAAGUAGAAGUGCUUAAUACAUAAAUUUGUUUUAUACUUGAAAGAAUGCGUGAUGUGUUUGUAUCGUAUGAUGAUGACUAAGUGCCUUCCUGGUCAUUAUUAAGAAGGAUAUUGAACAACUUUUCCUAGAAAGAAACAUUUUAAAGUACACAGGUCCUGAAGAACUUGAAUUUCAGAGUCCUAAAGGAGUUUGCAUGUGUGAUCUCAGGAAGCAUGAAGUCAUACUAAUUUUUUAAUAAAUCUUAAAUUAUCACAGAAAUUCUGCAAGACAUGGAGGUUGACUAGAAGUAUUCAAAUCAAAUUUACUGCAUCCAGGUCUGGAGCCCUCAGCACAAGAAGGACAUGGACCCGCUGGAGCGGGUCCAGAGGGCCACAAAAAUGAUCCGAGGGCUGGAGCACCUCUCCUACAAGGACAGGCUGAGAGAGUUGGGGUUGUUCAGCCUGGAGAAGAGAAGGCUGUGGGGAGACCUUAUUGCAGCCUUUCAGUACUUAAAGUGGGACUAUAGGAAGGAUGGGGGCAACCUCUUUAGCAAGGCCUGUUGUGACAGGACAAGGGGCAAUGGUUUUAAACUAAAGGAGGGUAGAUUUAGACUGGAUAUAAGGAAGAAAUUUUUUACAAUGAGGGUGGUGAAGCACUGGCACAUGUUGCCCAGAGAGGUUGUGGAGACUCCAUCCCUAGAAACAUUCAGGGUCAGGUUGGAUGUGGCUCUGAGCAACCUGAUCUAGUUGAAGAUGUCCCUGCUCACUGCAGGGGGUUUGGACUAGCUGAUCUCUAAAGGUCCCUUCCAACCCAAAGCAUUCUGUGAUUCUAUGAUUCUGAAUCGGACAAGUGAGAACACAGAUAAUAAUGGACUGAUUUUCUGACAUCAAUCACAUGAUAAAUGCUGAUACAGGAUGCAAUAAGGAAUUACAAGAUGGGCAUAUGGCAGUAGCAGCUGAUGUGUCUUUAUGGAAAAAAUAGUUUAAUUUCUUGUUAAAUUAUGAAGUUGCUUAUAAGGGUCAUGGUGCAGGUAUAAUAUACUUGGGUAGUUCUCAGGGAUUUUUUCUGGAAAGUCAACGUUAUAUUCUGUGAAGAAAGCUCACUCUGCAUGCAUCAGAUACGGGGUGACCAACGUUGGUCAAAAGAUAUCGAUCAAUGGAGAUGAUUCUAGAUGAUUGUGCAGAAAUCAAGAGUAGGACUGAUGCUACUUAUGAUUUGUAGUAAUGAUUAGAAAGUAAACGUAAAAUCUCUGCGAACAAAAACUGUGUAUGCCUCGGAGCCUGGAAGAGUUAUACAUAUGGCUGAGGACAGAGUGGUCAGAAACAGACAGGUUCACCUACUGAAGGUGCUGAUGGAAAAGAAGGAAUGGCUUAGCCUGCAAUAGCUGGGAAGGUUACUGGCAGCUAAUUCUGUCUUAGUCCAGCUUUAUAAAUGUCCGUGAGCUCAUAAGUACCUCCAAGUCAUCACUGUGUUUUUAAGGCAAACAAUGACACUUAAAAUUCUGAGCUGUAAACACUGUUGAUUCAAGAGCUGACGGAUGAGCAGCUCAGGCAGACAGGGUCAGAGCACCAUGGUCAGCCAGGGAAGGCCUGGUUGUGCUCUGACUUACACCUCCUAAAUGGGACCAUUCAGACACAGCCAAACACAAGGUCACACCUUGUAAGGCCGAGUAAGGCAGCUCUGAAGGAAGCUAGGCUGCAUAGUAAACGAACAACCCAACACAAACUUCUUAUAUCACGCUGUAUCUGUAAGAUCCAGUACCUUUUGGGUAUGCUGUAAAACAGCAAGCUGUGGAAGAAUGUAACGUCAGGACUAAAAGUAGCUUUAAUGCCAUAUAAUCAUAGCAUCAUUUAGGUUGGAAAAGACCUUUAAGAUCAUUGAGUCCAGCCAUAAAUUCUGGUGUCCUCAUUGUUAAAAGAUUUUAAGAAAUUGUAAAGGGUCAGAAAGGAGCACUCAAGAACUUUUUUUUUUUUUUUUCUUUCAGAUUUGUUUGUUGCACUUCAACAUCUCAGAUUCCUGCAGCAUGCACUGUUUUGCUGCACACCCUAUGAAUCAUGUCUCAGAUGCCGCUGCUCAGUUUUCACAUACGGCAGAUCCCCUAGAAACAGUACCCCUGUUCUUGACCCUGAACCACAGACCUGACCCUGUGUAGGUCAGCAGUUAAAAUUCUGUGACUCUUCCUCCUACAUAAUGUGCAUAUGAAUCCCCCCAACAGAAAUGUCAUCUCUUUUCUUUCAACCCGUAUAAUAGUCUUAAAUUUCACAGUGCUGAAAAGACCCUAGUCUUCCACACAGACCUUCCUUGUACAACUUCUGUGCAACUGCAUAGUUGUGCAAAGGCUGUGUUUGUUUUGAAUUUCACCAUUCCUCUCUGGAAGUGCUACUUUAUCUAAACAUGUAGGCCUUGUCAUCAAAGACUGAAGGAUUUCAAAGCACUGUUGAAGCUGCUGGAUACAGAGAACAUGUCUGGGUCAUUUAUUCGUCUGAUAGUGAAAAUGUCACUUUUUCUGAGAGGGGAACUCUGAGACAUCUGAAUCAUGCUAGCUGUCCCUAUACAAUGCGUAUUUCUAUUUUUACAUUUAUUACUGUGCCUGUUGACUGUAUUUGUAAAGACUUUUAGUAAAAUG